AUGAAGUUGUCCAGAGAUCGCUUGGCUAUCACUUGGGGCCUUAUGGCUGCCCUUGAGGCAGGCCUAACCGCGGCUCAGUCGGCCUCCAAACCGCCCAACUUCCUCUUCAUCAUGGCUGAUGACCAGGAUCUGAAAUUGGACUCUCUCUCGUAUAUGCCUUUCACUACAAAGCACAUGCAAGACAAGGGAAUGUCCUUCGUCAACCACUUCGUGACUACGGCCCUUUGUUGCCCGUCGCGGGUCAGCCUCUUGACUGGACGGCAGGCCCAUAACACGAAUGUGACAGAUGUGCAUCCCCCAUGGGGUGGGUAUCCUAAGUUUAUCAGUCAAGGGUUCAAUGACAACUACCUUCCGGUCUGGAUGCAGCAAGCUGGGUACGACACAUACUACACCGGCAAGUUGAUGAACGCGCAAUCUGUCGAAAACUACAACAAGCCCCAUGCCGCCGGGUUCAAUGGCUCUGACUUCGUACUGGACCCCUACACCUACGACUACAUGAACGCCACGUAUCAGCGCAACCACGACCUGCCUGUCAGCUAUCUGGGCCGUCACACCACCGAGGUCCUGACCGAGAAAGCCAUGGGCUUUUUGGAAGAUGCUCUUGCCGGCGAACGGCCCUUCUUCCUCACCGUGACCCCGAUCGCACCCCACUCGAACAUGAACGGGACCUACGGUGGUGGAGCCGGGCCGUUGUGGAUGGAUGAGCCCAUCCCUGAAGAACGUCAUAAGCACCUCUUCCCCGACGCCAAAGUCCCGCGUACGGCCAACUUCAAUCCCAAGGAGCCCACCGGUGUCAGCUGGAUCCACGAACUCCCCUACCGCAACCAAUCCGUCAUCGAUUAUAACGACCACUACUACCGACAGCGACUUCGAGCUCUACAGGGUGUCGAUGAACUGGUCGACUCUCUCAUCACCCGCCUGGAGGCGAGUGCCCAGAUCAACAAUACCUACAUUAUCUACACGUCCGACAAUGGUUUCCACAUCAGCCAGCACCGGCUGCCCCCGGGCAAAACCUGCGCGUUCGACGAGGACAUCCGCGUACCGUUCUUCAUCCGCGGCCCGGGGAUCCCUGAAGGCCAGGAGCAGGAUAUUGUCACCACUCACAUCGACAUUGCCCCCACGCUGUUUUCUCUGGCGAGCCUGCCGCUCCGCGACGACUUCGACGGGACUCCCAUGCCCGUUGCCGAGGUCGAGGGCACGCUGCACGAGCAUGUAGCGGUCGAGUACUGGGGCCAGGCAAUGCUAGAGGGUGGGCUGUCCAACCUAGGCACCCCCACCGUUCCCAACAACACCUACAAGGCCGUUCGCAUCCUCAGCCAAGAGUACAACCUCUUCUACUCCGUCUGGUGCAACAACGAGCACGAGCUCUACGACUUGAGUACCGACCCCUACCAAGUCAACAACCUUCACCCGCACGUCUCAACCACCAACGUGACAAUCCUGGGCUUUGACAUUCCCGCGGUGAUUGAUCGCCUGGAUGCUCUCUUGCUCGUACUGAAGUCGUGCCAGGGCCGGACUUGCAUCAAGCCGUGGGAGGUCCUCCACCCGGACGGGUCGGUGAAUAAUCUGCUGGAGGCCAUGGAUGGCCGGUAUGAUGGGUUCUAUCGCGACCAGUCCAAGGUGUCGUUUGAUCGCUGCGAGUAUGCCUAUAUCAUUGAUGCGGAGGGGCCGCAGACGGCGCUGGCGUACAGGAAUGGAUACUCCUUGGACCAGUGGAUUUAG